GUUGCGUCUUGUGAGUCUCUGUUCACCCAACAUUUGUUGUGUUCUCUCCUUCCGGCUUGAUGCGGUCGUUCCCCCUUUCCUCCCUUCCACCCACUCAGUUCCGUCCGCUGCUUCCCCCGUGUGGAUCAUGGCGUUUGAUGGCCUCUUUUUCUUUCACGUCUUGUGCCUUAGAGUCCAAUGGAGAUGUUUCGCAGUACAAGGGCAACGCUUCCUGUUCCAUGCAGAACAUGGAUGGAAGCACCCCCGGAUCGGUGUACGUCGAAUACGACACCCCCCAGUAUCUGCAUCCAGGUGAAGGGAUGUUCCGGAGGCCUACGGAAGGCCAGUCCCUGAUCAGCUACCUGUCGGAACAAGAUUUUGGCAGCUGUGCAGACUUGGAGAAGGAAAACGCUCACUUCAGCAUCUCCGAGUCACUCAUUGCGGCCAUCGAGCUGAUGAAAUGCAACAUGAUGAACCGUCAGAUGGAAGAGGAGGAAGAGGAAAGCGACAAGGUGAUACAAGACCUGAAGCAGAAGAUCCGUAUCCGCCGGCAACAAAUCCGGACCCGCUACCUCCACCCAGCAUGCCAGGAUGUGGCUUCUGACAGUCUGAAAGCAACAGACAGCGGAUCGUAUUUCAGCUCCCAGGACUCAACCUGCCCCUCCGAUUCGGGAUCUGUGGAAGAGGUGGAUGAGUACGAGAUCCGAGAUGGAAACGAAGGAUCCAACCUGAUUCACAUGUCCAACAGCGACCUGUCUGUCUCGAUGGCCUCGUUGUUUUCAGAUGCGGACAUCAAGAGGAACCAACCUCCGAGUAAAAAGUCCUUCCUUUCCUCUGGUUCCGGGAGCUACCACAGCUUCCUCAACUCCAACUCGGCAGAAGCCGUAGCCAUGGGCUUACUCAAGCAGUUCGAAGGGAUGCAGCUGCCCGCAGCCUCUGAACUGGAGUGGCUGGUGCCCGAACAUGAUGCCCCACAGAAGCUGCUGCCGAUCCCCGAUUCCGUACCCAUAUCUCCAGACGACGGAGAACACGCCGAUAUUUACAAGCUCCGCAUCCGGGUGCGAGGAAACCUGGAGUGGGCUCCUCCACGCCCCCAGAUCAUCUUCAAUAUCCAUCCAGCACCAGCGAGGAAGGCAGCCGUGGCCAAACAGAACUACCGCUGUGCUGGCUGUGGGAUCAGGACGGAUUUUGAUUACAUCAAGCGGAUGCGCUACUGUGAGUACCUGGGCAAAUACUUCUGCCAGUGCUGCCACGAGAAUGCCCAGAUGGUCAUUCCCAGCCGCAUCCUUUGCAGGUGGGACUUUGGCAAGUACUACGUCAGCAACUUCUCCAAGGACCUGCUGCACAAGAUCUGGAACGACCCUCUCUUCAACAUGCAGGACGUUAACUCUGCCCUCUACCGCAAGGUCAAACCUCUCAACCAAGUCAGGCUUUUAAGGAUCCAGCUGUACCACAUGAAGAACAUGUUCAAAACGUGUCGCCUAGCUAAAGGACUUCUGGAUACCUUCGAUGCGGUGCCGGGCCACCUGACCGAAGACCUUCACCUUUAUUCCUUAAACGAUCUAAGCGCCAUCAAGAAGGGGGAGCUUGUACCCCGCUUGACCGAGCUCCUCCGGGCGGGAGAGCUGCACGUUGAGAAAUGCAUGCUGUGCCAAGCGAAGGGGUUCAUCUGCGAAUUCUGCCAGAAUGAAGACGACAUCCUGUUUCCCUUCCAGCUGAACAAAUGCAAGACCUGCGAAGAGUGCCGAGCUUGCUACCACAAGGGCUGCUUCCGGUCGGGACCCUGCCCCAAGUGCGCCCGCUUGCAAGCUCGCCGGGAGCUCCUGGCCAAGCAGAGCCUGGAAGCCGACCUGUCCGACUACGAACCGGAGGAGGAGGAGGAGACGGUCGGGGCAGCCACGUGACAGCCAAGAAGCUGCGGGGGUCGCCGUGCCAGCCUGCGCUUCCAAAGACUGAACUGACCAGCCACAGAGCUGGACGCUCUUCCCAACGCUCCGAAGCUCAAGCCACGGAAGGCCUUUUGGCCUGCGGAAAGGGACGUUGCUUUCUCUCCUCCUGCUGGACUCGAGUGAACGAGCUUUGGCUCCUGUGAACCAACUCAGAUGCCCAACGAAGGGGGAAUUUUCCUUUCUACGGAAAGCCAGUAUAGGGUAUAUGCCUGCAAGGACUUUGCUCCAUCCACAGGGGAGAAGCCGAGGAUGGGCUUUCUGGAGGCUGAAUUCCCCAACAGGAUCCGGCCACACGCGUAAAAGGGAA